CGAUCAAUCCAAAUAUAGCUUCGCCGAGAUGCCGUUCCGAAGAUGCAGGGUGGCACACGCGGACGUUUAAAGCCGAGGCACGAACGAUGGAUGGUCCACUUUCUCCUUUCCUUCCUCCCAUCGCCCAGUGCGCAUACAACUGCCGACACUGGUGUCGUGCUCUUGCUUCAUUUCAUUUUCUGUUUUCACUUUCAAGCUCUCAACGCAUCCCGUUCUUUAAAUCCAUUCUUUUGCUUGCGAUUUUGUCGAAAUGUUUUCCAAGGCUCUUUGUAUCGCUUUGCUGGGAUUUCUGAUCAGUCGCAAUCCUGUGAUACUGUAACCGUGACCGCUACCGCCGCCGCCGCCACUUCGACGUCGAGCACCGGCAGCUCUGGAAGUAACGAUGGUUCGAACAACAACUCAGACGGAUCUGCAGCUGGGAACGGCAGCUCCGAUACUUCUGGUUCAACUAGCAGUGGGAAUGGCAAUACCGGCAACAGCAACAGUGGUAGCAGUGGCUCCAAUAGCUCCACAGGAAACGGCAGUUCCAAUAAUUCUGGAAACAACAAUACCGGUAACAACAGCUCGGGUAAUAGCAGUAACAGUGGCUCCAACAGUUCCGCAAGCAGUACGGUUGGAAACGCUCGGGAAGCGCAACAACGACAUCUGCUGCGUCGUCGAGCACCGGCAAAUCAGGUAACGGCAAAUCCAACACCGGAAAUUCUGGAAACGCUGCAAGCACGUCGGCAGCUUCGUCUGCUACGAGUUCCGCCGUUAAUGAUAACUCCGGUAGCGGAACGGCGACCUCUAGCUCUGCUGCAUCAUCUAGUACAGGUACCUCUGGUAACAGCACUGCAAAUAAUGGUGAUCCACAAACAUCUCUGACGCUCGACCCUCGUGUCAUUGGUAACUUUUCCAAUGACGGCCAAAGUCCACCGGUUACUGGACAGUCUCCGUCCCUCACGACUACGAACAACUUCAUCAA